GUGAAGCCAUAGAAGAAGGAUUGAGUCCCUUGGAAACCAUCGUGAUCAUGUUGCUAAGAUCCAAACACAGUCAGACAGAUCAGCCUCCCAGUGACAGUGACAUGAGCAACAGUCCGACAUCAACAGGUGCACUAUAGCACAGUGAUUUUACCUGAUGAAGUCAAAGGCCCAGUCCUCACCCCUGCCAUGGACAGAGAUCCUUGUGUAUUGGGUGCUUUCGUUAGGCUCACACCUCUACUCCUUCUACCAACUGCACACGUUCUCCAAAGAGCAUGAAGCCGGAUUAGCAAGAGAGUUCCAGCUGGAAAAAGGCCUACUUAAGGGUUUUAAAAGGGACCCGUCAGACUUUGAGUGGAGUUUCUGGACUGAAUGGGCCAAGAAGUCUUUACUGUGGACUCUGACCGGUCACGGCAUCAUAUCAAGAUUCACCAGCAUCUUUUACCCCAAGGUUAGGGUACCAGCGCUCACGAUAUACGGCCUCUUAGCAGCCAGCAGCGUGUUGGGGGUUAAAGGUGUGAGUGUGCUGCUGGUGCAUCUGGGCCUGACCUUUUCGGUGGCCCAACUGCGAAAGCCCGCUCUGUCGUGGGGAUGUAACCUGCUGCUGCUCUCCACCCUUCACAUCCAACCACUUCAAGAGAUCCAGAGAGGCUGGUACAAGACUGAGGACGAGUACUAUCUGCUGCUCUUCAGCGUGGCUGUCUGUGGUCUGCGCUUCAUCAGCUUCAGCCUGGAGCACUGCUGGUGCCCUGCAGGCCGCGGUGGAGUCGUGCAGCUCUGCUGGCUGUUUUCAUACACUUUCUAUCAUCCCUUUUUCUACAAUGGACCCAUCAUCACGUACAGAGACUACGUUGAGCAGAUGCGGAGACCUGCAGAGGAGAGUGACAGGGACGGAUCUGCUUUGAGCUACUUGGUGCUCAGAUCAGGACGGAUCGUACUGUGGUGGUGCAUCGCAGAAUACAUGAUCCACGUUAUGUACAUGCACUCCAUCCAAUCUAAUGAGACCUACUUAGAAAUGAUUCCUCCUUGGGCCUUGGGCGGUCUGGCCUUGGCCCUCGUCCAGUUCUUCUAUGUGAAGUAUCUGGUGCUCUUCGGCCUUCCAUCCAUGCUCGCCACUUUGGACAAACUAGUUCCCCCAAAGCUUCCAUCUUGUGUCAGCAUCAUGCACAGUUUCACAGGGAUGUGGAGGCACUUUGACGAGGGGCUGUAUCGAUGGCUCAUCAGAUACAUCUAUGUGCCUUUGGGAGGUUCACGACACGGCUCUCUUUAUAAAAUCGUAUCCACCGGCCUCGCCUUUGGUUUCGUCUGCGUCUGGCACGGUGGCCGGGACUACCUACAGUACUGGGCCCUGAUGAACUGGGCUGGAGUUCUGGUGGAAAACGGAUUCAAGUCUUUCUUUGCCUCGUCCUCUAUUCACUCCAUUGUUGAGCAACAUUUCUCUCCAGCGAUGAAAAGGCGCUCCAUCGCUUUCCUCUCUGCCUUCUCCACUGCAAUGCUCAUCCUCUCUAAUCUGGUGUUCCUUGGGGGGAUACACGUUGGCAGAAUCUUCUGGAAGCGUGUCGUCAUUCAAGGCUGGUCUACGAUGGCCCCACCAAUGCUCGCCUUCCUCUACUGCUUCGCUCACAUUGGACUCGAGUGGACUUCUCACCCGCCAUGAGUCACCUUGACUUUGAAUCGCAGCGAGAGCGUCCGAGCUACCGGACAAACCCGAGCGACCCGCUGAGUCCGGUGCCUCGCUCUCACCACCCGUGCGUCUCCGUGGUGAAUCUGGCUCGUGGCCACAGAACUCGUCCAAACCAGGCUGAGGUGCAGCAGAGCAGCUGCUUCCCACAACCUGCAGGACCAAGAGAAAAUCCUUCUAUGUCACUGAGGCUCAGAGGAUCAGUGUUGAUUCUUUCCAAGAGGAGAGUUUCCUGUUCUUCAUGGAAAAUGUAGGUGUUAAUUAGACGUGGAACACUGAGUGUGAUGCAGUCGUUACUAUAUUUAAGUCACAUCUUGGCUGUGUUGAGGUGUUUUCUGACAAACGAGCUGCACUGAUUCACUGUUAUUCUAAGAAACAGUACAGGAGAAUAUGGACCUGGAAUCAGUCCUGGUUAAAUGACUGAUAAGAUAUUGCUCAGUGGUGCGGUGAGGUGCAUAAAUGCUGAUUUCACGUUUACUGUCGUCCUGUAGUUCGCCGCAAUGUAUUCGGAGGUUGAGGAGACAGAACACAGCAGCUGAUCAGUGUCAGUAUUUCUCUGUCGACAUUAAUAUAAGAAGAUCGUGCUCAAAAGCUUCAGAGCUUUUUAAUUAUCGCAGUCACACUGGAAUACAGAGGAGAAGCACAUUUUGGAGCAAGGAUUAAAAAAAAAGAUUCCAAGCUGUACUUUUUUUGCUGAUGUGUAAUAAAUAAAUGUAUGUUGUCUCCGCUGCACAUUUCGUAUAUUUCCUGAGAGGAUUUCUAUGAAACUUGGUGAACGAUUUGGAUGUGGGCCAACCAAGAACCCAUUAAGUUCUCCCUCCAUUUUUUUUUUUAAUUUUCCUGAGAAUAAUUAAUGGACCUUGAUGAAAACAAUCAGGCACAUUGAGGGGACCGAAAUUUAUGAGUGUCUGCAAUUUGGUGCAGUUUGAUGUUGUGAGCCCGAUUGAGUGCCUCUCUAGUAAAAUUAUGAGUAAAUAAUUAAUAACAAGUCCAAAGACAUUAGAAUCACCAAAAUAUGGAGGUGUGUUGUUGAAUAUGAGAGUUAAAAA